AUGACUCGAAAGACUGGUGCUUCCUCAAAACGAGAUCCGAAAGGGGAAAGGAAAGGGGGGUUGAUCCUGAACCUUGCCCGCCUGGCCUUGCUUUGCCUUGAAUUAGGUAUCAGACAGUGUAAGACGUACCAACUCGUAUCCGAAAACAAGACCGAGGGUAUGACGCUGGGCUAUGCUAAUAAUAACGACGAUCAAGAAAAUGCUGGAAGUGACGAACGGGAGCUGCUGUGGCACGCUCGGGUAUGA